AUGGCAUGGGAUUGCAAGUUCAACGAGGAGGUUAUGCUUAUUCCAUAUGCAUUAUUUCUUGCUGGAGACAAUCCCAUGCAAGCUGAAGAGUGUAGCCACACAGGGCUCAACUGCAACUAUUUUUGCAGGACAUGUGAUGUUGGUGGAACAAAAGAGUACAAGGAAUCCAAGGCUGGCUACAACAGCAUUUUUAUGAUGAGUCAAGAGAUUCAACAACAGUUUAAAACUGCCUUCAAAUCAGGCACCACAACAAAAAUCCAGAAUUCUGUUUCAUUGACUGGUUCGAUUCUCAGUGUGUUGGUUGAACUUGGCAAGAAGCUUCGAAAAUGCAUACCAGGAUCUCCAGCUCUGCCUAAAAGUGAAGUUGAAGCUGCCCUUUGGAAAGAAUUCGAGGAACUCUUGAAAGGUGGACACCUCAACAAUACUACCAAUCCCCUACUGGGAAUGGAUGUGUUAGAUAUUCAUAUAGAUGCCCCAACGGAAAUCCUUCAUACAAUACUCCUGGGUGUUGUCAAGUACUUCUGGGGGCAGACAGUGUUUCUUCUCAAAAAAGCAAAGUUCCUCCACAUUUUUCAGUACUGGCUUGAAUCCAUCAACAAGGAUGGCCUGAAUGUGCCCUGCAGUUUAAUUGGCAAGCAUUUUAAAAGUUUGGCACAAGUUAUGCUAUUCAUUAUCCAUGACGUCAUUCCUCCGAUGGUCCUUAAUGCAUGGACAGUGAUCGGCAAACUCAUUGUACUGGUCUGGCACACAAGAUUCAUGGACACAGAAACAUAUCUUGUGAGUUCAAUUCAUGUUCUAUCCAAAAGGCUUGUCUGA